CGAUGCAUUUUGUCACUCGCCUGCCAGCUGGUCCGACCGGUAACGACGCGAUUCUCGUCGUCAGCGAAACUGUUCCUCACGAACAUCGUGCGACUACACGGCAUGCCCUUGGCAAUCAUCAGCGAUCGCGACCCACGGGUCACGUCCAACUUCUGGACAAAAACCUGGCAGCAGUACGGCACACGUCUACAUCUGUCCACGGCGUACCACUCGCAAUCGGACGGCCAGACUGAGCGCACCAAUCAGACGAUGGAGCAGCUAAUUCGCACAACGUGAAUAGACCUGGCCCAAUGGGAAGACACCCU